AAUCCAUAUGGUUCUAGGCUAGUAACUAGUACUUUUUUUAGUUGGUUAUUAAUUGAUACACGAUUCAAGUCGGACAAAAAUAAAAAUGGAGGUUCAAUAGAUUUCAAUCCAUUUCUUCAAUAAUUUAACAGUGAAAAUAAUUACAAAUAUUAAAUAGAGAAAAGACAUUACAGACAACUUUGUGUUAAUAUUGUUGAUAUUAAACCAUAAUUGAUGCGGAUACGUGGUGUGCCCGAAAGUGUUGUGUUUGACAAAUAACAGGUUGUCGGAGACCGAUUUAGCUAAAAUUUUCAACUGAAUAUAUUGUUUUUACCCGUAAAUAGUUUGUAAAGUGUUGUGGUUUUCAAUUGCUAUACCGAGCAACAAAACAUAAUAGUGUUCAGUACAACAGAACUUAGAAAUUACGAAGCUGAGAUAGGAAGAAGCUCGGUCUCCCAUUCAAGUCGAUCAGCAUGUGACCCACAUCUGAGAUUUCUCUUCUUUGUUCAUCAUCUCCUAGUCUGAUAAGAAGAGUAGGAUGCGUGAACGCUAAUAACUAAUCACAUGAUAGUAUCAACAACAACCACUGUUGCCAAAAGUAUGUUAAUUAACGAACUUGUCACGGUUGACUACCUGCGCAGCUUUGUGGGGGUCAGGUGAUAAGAGCCACAGCAUCAGCAUCUUAAAAUACUCAAAUAUUACAGAAGAUACUGUGGGAAAUGGUUCACAUUACAGUUGGAUAAUGCAUGCAAAGAUGUCAGGGAAAAGCAAAGUACAUGUUGGUGGUACAUAAUGUCAAAAUAUUGUGAACAGUAAACAAUGCAGAAAGGAGUAAAACAAUGAUGCAAAAUGGCUCAUUCUGAAAACCAAAGGCACAUUGUUCAGGUCUAUGUGGGUGCAUUGUCUCCACAAUAUGAAGCCCUAUCAGUGGAAGCUUCGAAACAAACAAGCUCAGAGGAAAUCGUAACCUGCAUCACUGAAAAACUAAACCUCAAUGAUGGAUCUGGAGGGCCAUAUGAAUUGGCUGAGGUGGUUGGAGAUACUGUCAGCGGCGAAUGCAAGGAAAGGCGGCUCGGACCUAAUGAAUCUCCCGUUGCGGUUAUGCUUCUAUGGCCAAAGAAUAAAUCCACAGGCCAAUACAACAGAUUCUAUCUCCGCGAAAAAAUACAAGACGAGCCAUGGAUGGAGAAUUUUUCGGUGGAUCCGCAGCUGAUAAAGGACUACUUCCAGAGGUUCCUGUACCAGCCGAAGGACAGAGAGUACCCCGACCUGUGCCAGCUGCCUGAGCUCAACGAGCAGACCCUGCUCGAUAAUUUGAGAGCCAGAUUCGCGGCCGGGUACAUCUACACAUAUGUCGGCUCGAUAUUAAUAGCACUCAACCCGUUCAAGUUUUAUCCAAUAUACAAUCCGAAAUAUGUGAAAUUGUAUCAAAACAAACGGAUCGGGUCGAGUCUGCCGCCCCACAUAUUUGCCGUAGCCGACGCAGCGUAUCACUGUAUGCUCCGCGAAAGGACUAAUCAAUGUAUAGUGAUCAGUGGUGAAAGUGGUUCGGGUAAAACAGAAAGCACCAACUUCCUUCUGCAUCAUCUAACUGCGCUGAGUCAGAAGGGUUCGCACGGCAGUGGUGUCGAGCAGACAAUUUUAAGUGCAGGACCUGUGCUAGAAGCCUUCGGUAACGCGAAGACCGCCCAUAACAACAACUCGAGUCGAUUCGGUAAAUUUAUUCAGGUGAAUUACAAGGAAAAUGGCAUGGUUCACGGUGCUGUGGUGCAGAAAUACUUACUGGAAAAGUCGAGAAUAUGCAGCCAGGGUCGCAACGAGAGGAAUUAUCACGUAUUUUAUUACUUAUUGGCGGGUGCUUCGGAACAGGAGAGAGAACAGUUACAUUUACUCAGUGUGGACAAGUACAACUAUUUAUCAAAGACCGGUUGUAGUGAUGUGCCUGGUACGGAUGAACAGUAUGAGUUCUCACGUCUGAAACAAUCCAUGGAGAUGGUGGGCUUCACCAUGGACAAACAGCGGAGGUUAUUUGCUGUUCUCUCAGCAGUUCUGUUAUUAGGUAAUGUAGAGUUUCAACCCCAACGAAAAUCAUAUCAUCACGAUGAAGCUGUAGGUGUGAAAAACCCAGAAGUUGUAUCCCUCAUAUCAUCAUUACUGCGAGUCAAACAGGAAACCUUAUUAGCAGCCCUCACAUCAAAACGUGCCAGAGCUUCCGGAGAGACCCUUGUUAUCAACUACAGGUUACCGGAAGCGAUAGCAACGCGCGAUGCUAUGGCAAAAUGUCUGUACGGAGCUCUGUUUGAUUGGAUCGUUAUGCAAGUUAACCACGCGUUGCUGUCUAAGAAGGACACGCUCAGAGAACAUCAAGGGAACAGUAUAGGCGUCCUCGACAUAUUCGGGUUCGAAGAUUUCGGUCCCAGCAACAGCUUCGAGCAACUGUGUAUCAACUACGCGAACGAGCACCUCCAAUACUAUUUCAACCAGCACGUGUUCAAGUACGAGCAGGAGGAGUACCGGAGGGAGGGCAUCCGGUGGACAGACAUCGGGUUCUCUGACAACACAGGAUGCUUGCAGCUCAUCGAGGGGAAACUCAACGGGUUGCUGUCUAUUUUGGAUGAUCAGUGCAACUUCCCGUGGGCGACGAACGAGACGCUUCUGCAAAAGUUCAACUCUGUGCACGAAAACAAUCCGUUCUACGAGAAACCGCAACGUCGGGAGCCGGCCUUCGUCGUGAGACAUUACGCCGGCAGGGUCAAAUAUCAGGUCACAGCGAUGCGGGAGAAAAAUCUAGAUCUAAUGCGGCAAGACAUCGUAAGCGUACUCAAAAAUUCAUCGCUGGCGUUUGUGAGGGAAUUAGUCGGAGUGGAUCCCGUAGCUGUGUUCCGAUGGGCCAUUGUACGAGCAUUUUUCAGGGGCUAUUUUGCUUUCUUAGAAGCAGGUAGGAGGCAUCGAGUCCAAAGAGUGGACGGUGCUCCGAGAAUGCCACGAGCUUCGAUACACGCCCACAACGAUAGUAUAAUCAAAACGCCGCACCGAACGGCGAGUAGAGCACGCGACGCUCCGUCCCGGACCAACCACGAGAGUAGAGGGAAAGAGACGCAGAGCUCGUCCCGCGUCGGAGGGAAAGGGACAAAGAGUUACAGGACCGCCGAGACGCGAACGAGACGGAUCGAUCGCGAACGGGACGAGCGCGCCUUCGACGACGGCGAUGUGUUGCAGCGCGCCAACCUCAUCGUCAUGAAGAACAAAUCGUUCAGACCACGUGAACGCGCGAAGAAAGGUCUUAAGAAUCUGCAGAGCGUGAAAACGUUGGCGGGCAGGAUCGCCGUGCCCGCCGGGAAGCGGAAGCAGCCGAUGACCGUCGCCGCACAGUUCCAGCACUCGCUCGCCGCGCUCAUGGAGACCUUGAACCAAGCGAAUCCAUUCUUCAUUAGAUGCAUAAAAUCGAACAGCGAGAAAGUACCUCACGUUUUCGACGACGAAACUGUCCAACGUCAGUUACGUUACACCGGAAUGCUCGAGACGGUCCGCAUACGGCAGGCCGGGUACAACGUGCGGCUCACCUACGAAGAAUUCAUACAGCUGUACCGGAUACUGUUGCCUAAAGGGUUGCUGAGCUCGCAGACUGACGUCAGACAUUUCUUGGCAACCCUCAACUUGGAUAGGGAUAAUUAUCAGUUAGGUAUGACGAAAAUAUUCAUGCGUGAAAGCGAACAGACGAAGCUAGAAUAUCGGCUGCACCAGCAGAUCAUGGCCUCCAUCAUCACAAUACAGCGCUGGUUCCGCGCGGUGCUCGAGAGGAGACGGUUCGUUGUGCUGCGACGCGCUUCGCAUGUCAUACAGUAUUAUUGCAGACAAUGGUUAACUGCACGACACGAAGCGGCGGUCAAACUUCAAUCCUGGUACAGAGGCUCUCGCGUCAGAAGAUGGUAUCAAACGUUAAGCAAAGGAAUCGUGGGCUUCCAAGCAAUAGCUCGAGGAUACUUGCUCAGAAAAUCGUUGCCUGAAAUCAGGAAGAAACUCCCACCACCCAUAGACCGAUAUGAGCAUGACGGCAAAGCACCGCACGCAUUGACGAAAGCCGAAUUGUAUAAACUUCAAGAAACUUGUUCUGAAACGUACAAGACUUGUAUCGAUAAACAGCUGGACCGGAUAUUACAAUUGGACGCGGAAAAAACAAGACAAUUAAGAGCUACACAGUCUUUGCCAUUACAAAGUUUAGAGAAGAAACGCGAAAAUAUAUCAAUUGAAGAGAAAACAUCACCGCCUCUAAACCACAAAGAUAGAAAAACGAUAACUGCAGAGAAAAAUACCAAAAUAAACAACAAAAUAGAUUCAAGUAUCAUAGAAAAUAGAAUGUUAUCUGAGGAUAAGAGAAGAUACCCACAGGGUGGAGUCACAUUGCCAAAUAAGAUCACCCCAGAAGAUCUCGCUAAUGAAAUGCUUUGGCUUAGGAUGGACCAGAAUUACAUAAUGGCUGAAAAUAAGAAACGUGAAAGAGAACUGCAAGACCUAGUUGAUAAAAUGACAAGCAGCAGUGAAGAUUAUCUUCGACAAAUAGGUAACUGGAACUCAAACGAGUCGGACAGUAACAGGAGUGCGUCAAGACGUAGUUCUCCGCAAGUGUACCAGCGCAGUCUGUCCAGUACCGUGCUGGAACCGGCGCGAGGACUCGUCAGCCUGCCACCUGUCCGCCGAGCACACCACGAGGCGUCCUCGUCCACCACGUCCUUGCCUGAGAAUGAUACUUCCGCGUCAGCACCGUGCUCGGUGGGUCAGAGGUCGGUGGAAUGCGUCGUGACGUCACCCCCCGCACCCCCCGCGCGCCGCUCCCCUCGCCGCCCUCCGCCUGACAUCAUUGUCGACGCUUCACUCUCGCUACACGAUGACGUCGAUCGAACAUCAUCGAUACAACUGAGGCCGAGCGUGGCGGAGAGCGCGUCCCUCCGGCGCCGCAACUCGGACCCGGCGCCGGGCGACGCGCGCCCCGCCGACCCGCUCUCCGCAGACUUCAUCGGGCAGACCGGGAACGGACUCUUCCGCAUCGCCGGACACCGGUUUCGCAAAGGCACGCGUUUCGCGAAAGGCGACAAAUGCGUGUACUGCCACCAAGCGAUCGACGCGUUCGUCACGCAGGGCCAGAAAUGUAUCGACUGCAAGGAGCUCUACCACACCAAGUGCAUUCAGAACAAGGGCGUCAUCACGAUGCCCUGCACCAGCCCCGUCGCUGUCGCCUCCAGAGCGCGACCGAAGAACAGAAAGCGCAUCAUGCCCACCACCAACCACAACCCGCCGGCCGAUCAAAAGAAUUCAGUCACUUCGAACUUCAAUCUCACCGGCACUUCGGAAUUUAUCGACAGAACCGACAAAAUCAUAUCCGACGCUACCGAAUUACAGGCCAUGCAGAAUUUCAUUAUGGAAAAAAUAUACGACAUGAAUAAUGAGAACAAAAAACAGUCGGAGGUAGACAGGGUAUUCAAGCACGCUUUGCUAGAAUUCAAAGACAAUCUGGUAGCGACGUACAGCAUCGUCGAGACUCGAGGCUCAGCUCUUAAGUACAAAGAUUUGAUCGGGAACUUCCUCCACGUGAUGGAGACGGUCUGCGCCAGGGAAGGGUCCACGCUGUCCAUCACCAUGGGGGUCAACGCAUUCAGAGGGUUCAUGGAUGAAUUUAUGGGUCAGCACGAAACUGACAAAGCUAGAACUAAAAGGAAAAAAGAAAAAAAGCGGAAAGUAGAUGACCCGAUACAGUACAAGGGCCACAGCUUCGUCCUUUCGAUGAUCAAUAUACCAACUGAGUGCGAAAUAUGUAAGACGUUCUUCAUGUGGCCGAUCGAACGAUCCCUCAUCUGCCAAACGUGCCGGCUGGCCUCACAUAAGAAAUGCUACACGAAGGUAACGACUUUAUGUAGAAGAAACGGCGUAAUGCCGUCCCCUUCGAUCGUCGGCGCUGUUGAUGCCGGAGGACGGGAACAAAUGGGCAUUGUGACGAGGGGUAAAGUAUUCGGGGUACCACUGAGUGAGCUGCCCACCGGAGACACCAAUAUACCAGUAGUAGUGGAUCGACUGAUCACUUCUAUUGACUUAAAAGGACUCUACACUGAAGGACUUUACAGAAAAAGCGGACUCAGUUCGAAGGUGCGCGAGCUGCGGCGCCUGCUGGACGAGCGGCCGGAGGAGGGCGUGGAGAAGCUGGACUCAUACGCCGUGCACGUGCGCGCCUCCGUGCUCAAGAGCUUCUUCCGCGAGCUGCCGGAGCCGCUGCUCACCUUCGAUCUCUACGACGACUUCAUCCUGGCUGCUCAGAUAUCCGAUCCCCAGGAGCGAGUUUCGUCAAUAUUUACAAUACUAAAGAAACUGCCGAAACCGAAUUUCGACUUGGUGGAAAGGUUAAUAUUUCACCUAGCAAGAGUAGCGCUGCAAGAAGAACACAACAGAAUGGGACCGAACGCCUUAGCGAUAGUGUUCGCGCCGUGCAUCCUGCGCACGCACAAGGUGCAGCCCGCGCAGGACUCGCUGCACGACAUCGCGCGCCAGACCGCCUGCCUCGAGGCCAUCCUCGUCGACAAGAUGCGAACCAUCCGCGGCGUGCUGCAGGACCUGGCGACGCUGGAGACGGCGGCGCACACGGCGUCCAACCGGCUCUCCACGCUGCGCUCCACGAGCGCGCCGCAGCGACACGAGGAGCACAUCCUCGUCGGACACAUCAACGCCAUCGAGAAGGAGAAGGCCAUACUUACCAACGAUCUGCCAACUCUCAUCAGAGCCACAUCAGACGACGACCUGUUGUCGACGACGGACCACGACGGCGAGCUCGGCAGCACGGACGACCUCAGCGCCACCUCGUCGCUGCGCUCGCAACGCCUCCUGCACCGGCAACUCUCCUCCGACGACCCCAUCAUGGUUUGAAAUCCGCCUCUUCAACCGAUCGGUAAUAUUUCAUUCAAUUCAGCCCUUCGAAGCUUCUAUUGAACGUCAAAUAUUGUUGAGAGUAAUGCUGACAUUACAGUGGUUGUGAAACGCCAUCGUAGUAGACGUUUUGAGUUUUCUAGGCUCGUGUUUGUCAACUGUAUGGAAAAUACAUCACUGUCUAGUUUUAAAGCCUGUAAAUUUGUAUGUGUAAUGUUGAAACGGAAAUCCGCACGUGUUCUUUAAUUGGUUUCUUACGAUCCUGUCCAAUUACACAGUCUUGUGAACUGUUAAUGUUUUAUAUCGAAAAAAUAUCUAAAAGAAAGGAAUAUAGGUCUGUUUUAUUAUCGAUCUUUAUAAUAUGUAACACGUUAACGAAUUUUGUCUACUUAUUGAGGUAUUACACGAAAAUAACAUAUUUUGUUUGAAUUUAGAAUUAAACGCAUUGAAAAGACAUUUAUAGAGUAAUAGUCAGGACUGUGAUUGUGUUUGUGAAAAUUAUUUUAUUGAAAGCUAGGUUAAAUUCGUCAUAGUAAAAUUGUGUUCUUUAAAAAAAUUGUUGAAAUGAUUAACAAACUGUAUAAAUAAACUAAAUUGGUUUUUAUUAUAAAACGUUCAUUUAAAAAGUACAUAUUACUGAAAUUAAUCAUUUUUAUAUUCCUGACUCCAAACAAAUUAAGUAGAUUAUAGAAAACACAAGGCCGUGUGUAUUAUGUCAGAAUUAUUACAGCAAUAGACAGGUUGUCUUCACCGAACGUACUUAUAAUUUAGUGAGAAGUAUAUCAUUGUAAAAAAGUUGCGAAAAGUAACUUAUUAGAAGAGCUUAAACAGGUUUUUAUAUAAAUUAAUGAUAACGUCAAUGUGUAAAAUUAUUUUCAUAUGUAGAUAUUCUAGUGUCUCAAUUUGCUGUGGACAUUCUAUUUUACGAAAAAAAAAUAUUUCCUUGUAAAUAUGUACAAUUUUAUCUUAUUUUACUAGCUCUAAUAUACUUAUGCGAUUUUAUAGUCUAUAAAGAAUUUGUGAACGAAUUCUAAAUUUAACAAUUAUCUUUAUAAAACUAAAGAUAAAUGCAUUUCAUGUACUGAUUCUUGUUUCAAUGUAGUUAGUGUAAAACUAUAGAGAAAUUUAAAUGCUUUCUUUUUUUCCUUUUUUCAACAGUUUCUAAUUACCUACACACAUUGAUAAAUGAGUCGUCUAUUAUCAAAGGUGGCAAUCUGUGUAUUUGGACAAAAAAAUGUUAUUGAUAUGUCAAUACAGAUUGAUUUGAAUAUAAUCGUCUCCUUCAAAGAAUACGGUUCAAAACCUGCUUUAAAUAAAGGUUAAUACUUAACCUGUUAUUUAUCUAAGAUGUCGUUCAGAAGAGUUUUGUGACUGCCAAUGGAAUACAAAGUCAAUAAUUCGUUUUUCUGCUUUACCAAUAAUUAUAAUUGUCCAAAAGUCACAUUGCCGGCUUUGAUAAUAGUCGACUCAAAUAAAUCAUACAUUUAAGUAACUCCUACUACCAUAAGUACAUACAUAUACGUAAACAGCUUUUCUUAUAAAUUAACGCUUUAAUUAACAUUAAUUGUUAAACAAACAUACUUUAAUUCCAUGACACGCUACAAUGUAGAACCCUCAAACUAUGCUAUUAUCACAAAAAAUAUAUGUUUAGAAAAUAAAAAAUUGAAACAUUACAGUACUUGCCUCUUGUAUUGCUUCAUAAUAUAAAAGACUGUCUAAUUAAGCUAUGAAUUUAUAGUUAAGUCACAAAUAAAGAUAAUAAAUAUCUGUUUUUAAUUAGUUUGUAACUAUCUUACAACGAAUUUUUCUGUGAAAAUUUAUUGUUUAUAAGUUCUUGAUCAGGUAUUUUGUAAUUAUUUAAACUGUAGUUUAUGACUACUGUUCUUACGAUACUAAAAGCUUCGAGUAGGCACGAUAAAUUUUAAUGCACCAAGUUUACUGAAUCUCAACAUUUUGAAACAUUGAAACUAUAUUCUCAAAGUGAACACAUAACUUUACCGAACCAAGCAAUAUUACCAUUAGCAAGUAUUAAUAUUAAAAUUCUCGUAGACCCAGUUUUCAACACCCGCCUAAAGAAACAGAGGAUUCAUUACACUGGUAGAAUUCUUGGGAGUUUAUCAAUAGUCAAAUGCUGGUCUAUAAAUUGGUGCUUAUUAUUUUAUUAAAACAUUGUCUAGCUAUUCAUAACUAAAACUGAAAUAAAUCUAAAACAGUAAGUACCGUAGAUCAGCUUUGGCAAUGCUGCAUGAACAAAACAAGUAAAUAUCUUUGAUUGCACACAUGAAAUAUAAUAAUUUGCAUUCUGCACCCAAAAGCAAACAGAUAAUAUCCAAAAUAUUUGAUUUUUGCCUAAGUAGUGAAAAAUCUAAUGUUUUUAUUAUGUGAUUAAUUAGACAGAUAAAUAUCUAUUGAUGUUAACUACUUAACUGAAUAUUCUAAAAUCAUUUUAUAGAGGUUCAGACCAACUAUUUCCGGCCAUUUUGAACCUUGAUUCAUUUCAAAGGCUCCAAAUUAAUUUGAAAAAGAUCUUAUUACAUAUAUAUUUUAAUUCAUAUUUUUUUUAAUUGUAAAAUAGACACUGAUAAUACUUUUAAAUUUGUAAAGUACUAUCAGUAUUUUUAGACUACUAUGCGUUUGGAAAUAGAUGCCACCCUUAUGCAUUCUAGUUUUCUCUGUAGUAAUAAAAAUAUACUCAUUAAUAGUGUACAAAAUCAAUGAAGAGGACGUGUAUCGAGGCUUUUGUAUUAAGUUAUAAGUUUUAUGGAAACUAAGAGGUGUGUGUGAAGAAGAUGCGAUCUGUGUGGAUGUUGUACUUGUAAAUAAUUAAUUAUAUUUUAUUGGGGUACUAUUUUAUCUUUGAACUACUACUACUACUAUGUUGCUGAUGUUGAUUUUUAAGUGCCUAAUAAUGUUAUUCUAUUUCAUUUACUAAUUCUAACUGGUGCAUAUUGUGAUUGGUUUGUUAAAUUUUAUAAGUGUUAAUCUGUCUUCUAAAUUAAGCCAUCGGAAUUUCUACCAUUUCCUAUUAGUGAUAUCUAAAAAUAGAACUGAUAAAUAUGGAAUUUUGAGAUAUUAUUAAGAUAUUUACAGUACUACUGCUGUAAUUGCAAGAACUGCAAGUUUUACACUAGUUUCUAAGGACCAAAACUAAACACAUAGUAAUUUGUAUUUCUGUGUUAGUUGAUUGUGAAGUCGCCACACAUUUGUAAUCAUUAGAUUGUCUUGUAUCAUAUAACAUGUAUAUUUCAAGUUAUUUUAGGAAUCAUAUUGUAAUGUGUCAAUGCGAUGAAGUGUAACCAAAAUUCUGUAUACAAAAAUAUGAAUAAAAAGCAAUUUCUGUGA